AUGGAGAUCCUGGACGAGUUCGACCGCGAGUUCCCUCAGAGUGUGACCUUCUGCCAGCUCAUCUCCGAGGAGGACUUCGAGAGGCAGGCGACGACUUACACAGAGCGCGCACUGCGCCGCCUCUUCCGUAGCCUGGACCGCAACCCAGCGCUGGCGGAGAGGGUGGUGCGCAAGAGCAAGCAGGCGGAGUGCGAGCAGCGCGGGCUUCUCUCCUUCCUCUGGGCCAAGUUCUUCUGCGCAGUCCAGGGGGAGCUGAACUGUUGCAACAGCAUGGGCGCCCAAGAGAUGCACCAGCGCCUGCAGCACCUGAAGAGGAGCAUCCACCGCGUGCACCUGUACUCCCAGGAUGCCAAGAAGAAGAAAAGGAAGCCUAAAGUGAAGAAACCGGAACCCAUCCUCUUGCGGGACCAGUCAACCUCCCCAUGCCUGCCACCAACACCGCUGCCACCUCCGCCGUUGCCACCACCUGCCACCACCACAGCCUCUGCGACAGCCCCACCACCCCCUGUCUACGCUAUGCCAAGGGUCUUUGGCCCCUUUCCUCCACUGCCUAGCAAGUCGGUGGAGAAGAUGGAAGUUUCCAGUUCUGAGAUGAAACUAAACUGGACUGGCCUGUCAUCAAACCGAAAGAGCCACAUGGUUGAUCUGACCCCCCUGGUCCUCAACCCUGGGGGCUUCCAUUUCUCGUACCUGCCUGGAAACAGUGUGCACAAACUCCAUUGCCCUGGCUUCCCCUGGACUGCAUCCUGUAGUGACCCCCCCAACACCGAGGAGACACCAGCCCCUCCUGUGAAGGCCUCCAUUUUCACUCCACCUGUCCUGCUCAAGUUCCAGCCUGUGCCUACAUGUAAAGAUGACUCAGAGAAUGACCCUGGCAGUGCAGAGUCUGUGCCCCAAAAGAAGAGCCCAUAA